AUGGAUUUAAGAGUUGGUAGAAAGUUCAGGAUUGGGCGGAAGAUUGGCUCUGGUUCCUUUGGGGACAUUUAUCAUGGGACUAAUUUGAUUAGUGGUGAAGAAGUCGCUAUUAAGUUGGAGCCGAUUCGUACGAAGCAUCCUCAAUUAGACUAUGAGUCUCGAGUUUAUAAGUAUUUGAGCGGCGGUAUUGGAAUACCAUUCAUCAGAUGGUUUGGGAAGGAAGGUGAAUACAAUGCUAUGGUGAUCGAUCUUUUGGGUCCGUCUUUGGAAGAUUUAUUUAACUAUUGUCAUAGGAAAUUUUCUUUUAAGACCGUAAUCAUGCUUGCUCUGCAGAUGAUCUGUCGAAUCCAAUACAUUCAUGGCAGAUCUUUCAUUCAUAGAGAUAUUAAACCGGACAAUUUCUUGAUGGGUGUCGGAAGACGUGGAUCCACCGUGCAUGUUAUUGAUUUUGGUUUAUCCAAGAAGUAUAGAGAUUUUAGAAGUCAUAACCAUAUCCCAUACCGAGAAAAUAAGAACCUUACUGGUACUGCACGUUAUGCCAGUGUCAAUACGCAUCUUGGGAUCGAACAAAGUAGACGUGACGAUUUGGAGAGUUUGGGUUACGUGUUGAUAUAUUUCUGCAAAGGGUCCUUACCAUGGCAGGGGCUCAGAGCCACGACAAAAAGACAAAAAUACGACCGUAUCAUGGAAAAGAAAUUGUGCAUCACCGUCGAACAACUAUGUCAAGGUUUACCUAUGGAAUUUGUUGAAUACAUGAGAUAUUGUAGGAACCUCAGAUUCGAUGAAAGACCAGAUUAUAUGUAUUUGGCUCGUUUGUUCAAGGAUUUGUUCAUCAAGUUGGAAUACCAUAAUGAUCAUUUGUUUGAUUGGACCAUGUUGCGUUACACAAAAGCCAUGAUCGACAAACAAGGAGGCGCCCAAGCAUUGGAACAAAAAGAUGAAAAUGGUAAUAAACAGGAUUCAUUUGAUAAAGUGAAACAAUUGGCUAUGAAGAAAUUUUCAACACAUUUCCACUAUUGGAAACCAGAUGAUACUUCUCAUCCAACUGCUGAAGACAUAAAACAACAGACUAUCCUAAACACCCAAGUUAUCUCCACGAUCCCAGAUGAAGUCAUGAAUGCUAUCGACAGAAACAUGGAACAGUUGAAGCACGAAGUGAACCAACAGGUGGCGUCUCAACCACAACAAGGACAACCACAAGGACAAACUCAGGGACAAGGACAAACUCAGGGACAAGGACAACCACAAUCAGGUCAGCAACUAGAUACACAGUUACCUCAACCUACCACGUUACUACAACAGCAAAGGGCACAAGUUCAAGGUCAACAAGAACAGAUGUUACAACAGCAACAACAACAACAACAACAACAGCAGCAACAACAGCAGCAACAACAGCUUCUGCAACAGCAACUGCAAACACAACAACAAACGCAUCCAAAUGCAAUGGCUAUCACCAACCCACUACCAAACCCUAAUAACACCACCAAAACUACCACUACCAAUAAUAUCUGGCUUUAA